AUGGUACCAAUAAAAAAAGCAGCAAGUGAUACACAUUUACAUCAUCAUAAAUCAAUAUCAGUAUUAUUACCAUUAGAUCCUAAUUUAUCCAGAAACUCAAAUAAUAUAUCAUCAAGACAAAAAAGUCAUAAUUAUUCGUUUGAAAAAUCAAUUGAUGAUAAAUAUGAAAUAUUCUCGAAUAAUAAUUUAAUAAGUACACAUUUUCCAAUAGCAAAUAUACAGCAAGAUACGAUAGUGGUUAGUAAAACAUCAUCAUCAUCUCAAUUACCAACAGUACCUAAACAAGCAGGUACAUUUAUUCAUCGUCUUGUUAAUAAACUUUUUUCCAUAAGUAAUACAAAUCAAAGUAAAAAAAAUGUAUCUCGUUUGAAACGAAUACAACAUGUACAAACGAAUACGAAUAUAUUAAAUACGAGAAAUAUAUCGGAUGAUAGUCAUACAUAUUUAAAUAUUUCAUCGAAAAAAAGAAAACGACGACAACAACAAUGUUCAAAACCAAUGACUAAUAAUAAAAAUUGUGCUGUAUGCCGAAAAUAUCGAAAUCAUUUUGCAUCUUCAUCCAUCAGUAAAAUACAAUCUUUACCUAAACAUUCUUCUGAUUGUACAUCUCAAUCACCUGUAAUAUUUAAUAGUAAUGCAACAACAACUCAAAAUCAUCAAUUAACUUUAACCACUGAACCAUCUGUAACAUUAAUUAAAACACAAUUAGAAAAAAAACAAACUUCAUUGAACAGAUCACAAUGUCAAGUAAUUGCUUCAGCAGUCGAACUCAUAUUUGAUACAUUAAUAUCAAAUUAUCAAUAA